AUCCACUUCCAGUUGUUAUAAGUACAAUCGUUACCCCAGCCGCCACCACCAUUUCUGGUAGUAGCAGGAAAGAUGGAAGAGAAAGGCAUGCUAAUAAGACCUAGGUAUGCAGUGGUCACAGGAGCUAACAGAGGGAUAGGACUGGAAAUAGUCCGGCAGCUAGCUUCACAAGGCAUCAAUGUGAUAUUAACAUCAAGAAACACAGAGAGGGGGAUCAAAGCCACUUCAGAUCUCAACAACUCUGGUCUUCCUAAUGUGACAUUCCACCAACUAGAUGUGAGAGACCCCAUUAGCAUUUCCUCCUUUGCCAAGUUCAUUCAGAUCCAAUAUGGAAAACUUGAUAUUCUGGUAAAUAAUGCAGCAGCUUCUGGGGUGUCAGUGGAUGCUGAAGCACUGAGGGCCAUGAACAUUGAUCCAGAAUGUUGGCUUUCUGGUAAGGCAACCAACAUGGUACAAUGGGUUGUUCGCCAAACCUAUGAAUUGGCAGAAGAAUGCUUGGAUACAAACUACUAUGGAUUGAAAAGAUUGGUGGAAGCACUUGUUCCUCUUUUGCAACUUUCAGACUCGGGAGCAAACCUUGUGAAUGUAACCUCUCUUAGAGGAGAGCUCAAGAGGAUGCCCAACCCGAAGGUUCGGGCGGAGUUGGAAGAUGUAAAUAAUUUGACAGAAGAGAAAUUAGAUGAAAUGCUUCAGAAGUUUUUGAAGGAUUUGAAGAAUGGAGAGCUCGAGAAAAAUGGUUGGCCCCUUAUGUUACCAUCAUAUAGUAUGUCGAAAACUGCCCUUAACGCUUAUACAAGAAUUCUAGCAAAGAAAUUCCCCAAAAUGUGCAUAAACUGUGUUCAUCCUGGGUUCGUGAAUACCAAACUGAAUUGGAAUACAGGAAUCAUCCCUGCUGAAGAGGGGGCCAAAGGUCCUGUCAAGGUGGCUUUGCUACCGAAAGGGGGUCCUUCUGGCUUCUAUUUCGAUGAGACUGAAAUCUCAGCAUUCUGAUAUAAGCAUUUUGGCGCAUGAUCAGGAGAUAGCUGCCGAGUCUAUCUAUGAGAGUAAGAGACAUGCCAGUGUGUUGUGUGUGUUUGUGUUAGAGGAAGUAUCGAGAGAGAGCUCAAAAACCAUUGAAAGAUGUAUCUUUCUAGUUCAUCGAAAUAUUUACCUUGUGAGCUCUUCCAAUCAAAUAAAGCUAUUGAGUUCUUUUAGAA